AUGGAAAUGAUGGGCCAAGCCAUUCCCAUCGGUUGGGUUUCAUCGUUCAUUCCUUUUCUAAGUAUUCAUUCGUCCAAGUUUUACAAGAGAAGAACGAACGACAAUCAUGUCCAACGUGUUAUUCAUCACACAUUCGGAAAAGUUUUAGAAAUUCCAAGAGAUGUUUGGUUUCAUCACAUUUUUGAUUUUCUAAUCGGAGGUGAAUUUCAUCGAACCAAAAGAAUUUUAAAACAAGGUAUAUUUGAACACUUGAUGAGAUUUAAAAAUCUUGAUUUGGAAUUAUUAUUUGAAAAUUUAAAAAGUCUUCAUCGAUUUAUUUUCUUGGUGAAUAAGGAGUUGUCCAUCAAAUUGGUGGGAAAUGUAAAUUCGGUAGUAAAAGGGAGUUUUACUGAGGUGAUAGAAUCACUUUCUCUCAAAGAAUUGAAAAGUAUCUACAGCAAACUCAAGAAGGCUUUCCCAGCAGGGAAGAAGAAUGAUGUUGUUAAUGAUUUAAUAUCUUGCUACCCCUCUGACCAGUCCAACGAAAUUACAAGUAAGAAAGAAUUACUCAGAAGAAUCAAGGAUUUGAGAGUAGUUCCGGAACGGACAGAAGAGGAAGAGGUAGAAGAGGAAGUAGAGGAAGAAGAGGUCUCAAGUGAAGUGCUGUCAAAAAGGAUUAGAGAAUUAGAAGAAGAGUUAGACUUUAUGCGUGAUGAGGUUAAGAAAGCAAAGUCAUCGGCCGAACGAGACAUCAACCAAAUCAUGGUUGAUUUGACUCAACAAGGCGCGUUUUCACAAAGGGAUGUCUGUGAUGACCAGCUACCAGCGGCCCUAGCUAAUGGUCAACGAAAUAGGGUUCUCGAGCUACUCAAGAGUGGGAAGAGUAUUGAUUUGAAUCUAUUUCAAAUAGAUUGUAUGGCCGAAUCUCUUGCCAACGAACGGGUGUCUACUGUUUUUGACCGUAACUCAGUCAGGAAGGAAGAAGUGGAGGAGUUUAGUUCUCUUGGAGCUAUUUACAAGAUUCUGUUGAAGAAACAGCUCAAGAAUAAGGACGAAGAUGAAGAGUUGCAACGGGCUAUUGACUCAGUCGAGAAUCGUGCAUUUGUUCUCCUUGCGAGACAGAAGCACCAGCAAGCGGCAGAGAUAAUUAGUUCCUCUACACUCAACCCGUUGUUGAGAGAAAAAGCGGACCUGUUCUCUUGGGCGCUGAAAGCAGUGGGUAAGAGCGACAAAGAUGCAAAGGUGUUGAAACAACAAUUGAAAAUCCCUACUCCAGAGAAAGAUGUUAGCAAUAUAGUAUGUCUAUAUUGUAAGAAGCCAGGUCACACUAAAGAAACGUGUCGCAAAAAGAUGAGGGAUGAUGAGAAAGCCAAUAAACAACGAGGCCCUCACAGUUCUCUCUACGAAAUCCUUCAGUUUUUUCCAAGAUACUCACAUGGAAGAAAUUGCCUUCAGGAAGAAGGCUAUUCAUUCGAUUUCCAACAAGUGGAGACAAUGGGAAAUGAUGGGUGCCAAAAAAGAGAUUGUGGGUCUUUUGAAAGAUGGGGUUCCAAUUAUGGUCAGCAAGUAUUUCAUCCCUUACUAUGGAAGAGUAGAUAUAUCUCUUUGGUCGAAGGAAGAAAGAGAAUUUCUAACGGAAGAGAUAUGUAUGAUGUUAUCUAUUGGUGCAUUGGAAUUCUUCCAAGGAACUCCGAAGGUGGUGGCCAAGUAUCGAUUGGUACCGAAGAAAGGAAAGAAGAAAUUCAGAUUAAUUGUGGAUCUUCGUCCCCUAAACAAGUAUUGUUUGGAGAUCCCAAAGUUCAAGUACAAAACUCUGAGCAAGUGUUUGGAUCACAUUCGCAGUGGUGGGAAAAAGUUUUGUGCUACGUUCGAUUUAUUAUCAGGAUAUCACCAAGUGAAGUAUUGACAUUUGGAUGGAAUGGAAGCCCAUUCUUUUUCACUCAGAUAGUAGACGAAGGUGUUCGAUUGUUAACAAUAGAAGGCUAUACAUUGUCCAAUUAUUUGGACGAUUUUAUGGCUGUGUUAUGUAUCUCUUACUUAGAUUCCUACAACAAGCUUGUUCGAUUAAGCUUAAGGCUGGAUUUUUAUGGAUUUGUAAGAGAACCUUCAAAAGGUUGUUUCAAACCUUCCUUAGUCUUUUUAUUAUUAGGAGCAUUGGUAGAUCUGAAUUGCAUGACUCUCUCUAUUCCCGAAGAGGGUGUGGAGAAAAUAGUUGCUCGAUGCAAAAACCUCCUAUCAAAAAUGCACAGAGAGGAGGCCUUUUCCGCCCGAGACCUUGCCAAGUUGGCUGGCUCUGUUAUGUCAUAUGUACACUGUUUUCAACCAGCCUUAAUUGCUCUCAAUCCCAUUUAUUCAAGAAUUUUCAAGAUGGUGGAGGAUGGAUGGGAUACGCUACACCGUGUGAAAGACCACCAGUUAUCGAACGCAUUACAAUGGAUUCUUUGCAACAUUCACCAUUGGAACGGUCGAUUAUUUUCGUUUCCGUCAUUGAUCCACGAACUUUUUUCGGACGCCUCUUUAUCCGGCUUUGGUGCUACAAUGCCAUUAUUGAAUUUUACCUUACACGGCUCUUGGUCUACUUAUGGCAUGGAUCAUAUGCAUAUCAAUGUUUUGGAAGCAAAAGCCAUUUUUAUUGCCAUGGAAAAAAUCGCUCCCCUUAUUCAGGGAAAGUGUUUGAGAAUUUUUUCAGACUCUCAAGUGAUAGUGUUUUCUUUGCGAAAAGGUCGUUCCAAAAAUUCCUUAAUUCAAAGGAUUGUGGAAGGUAUUUGGAGAAUAGUAUUCCAAUACGACAUUCAAUUAGUUGCUGUGGAAUGGUUACCGUCGUCCCAAAAUUCGAUCGCCGAUCAAUUGAGCAGGUUGAAAACCACAGAAGAGAUGGAUUUCGGAGAUUGGGAAGUAACCCCAGAGGCAUUCGAAAGAGUUCAACAUCAAUUGCAGGUGAAAGUUCAGUUCGACCGUUUCGCCAGCAAUUACAACUUCAAGCAUUAUCCAGAAGGUGCUAGAGCAUUGCAAGCUUUGCCAAUCUCAAAUGAUACUCGUUCACCCAGUAUGGAAGACAAAACCCUGGUGGCCACUACUGCUGGAAGGCAAGGUUCGGUCAGUACCAAUGUCUGGAAUAGAUUUCAGACCCUCUCGGUCAGGGAAAUGCGAACCGCAAAAGAAAAGCUCUUGGCUAUUAGAGGCGACCCUAAUCGACUUUCGGAUGACCAACUAACAUCAGUUGGUGGACUAAUUGAAAAGGCCGGUGCGGGUCGUGAGUCCACAAACACUACGUAUGACAGUUAUUGGAAUCGAUUUGUUAAAUGGUGCGAUGAGAGAAAUAUUGCAAUACCACCCACAGAGAUGGAUGUUUACAAUUUUCUGGUGUGUCUUUUUCUUAAAUGUAGGUCCGGAAAAAAUUGUAAACUGGCAAUGUUUGCUAUUAAGAAGCGAUGUAAUCAGUUCAAAUGGAUUGACGUGGUGGGUGAACAUAUUUCAUCUCUAGUUGAUUGCAUGAUCAACAUGGCACCAGUUUCAUACGAGAUUGAACGAAACGAGUGGCGUAUUAUGUACAUUGAUAUGUGGAUUCUCGAAGGGUGUAACUUUGUCGACAGGAGAACUUAUGUUUUUUAUACGACCCUUAUGAUCAUCGGCAUCAGGUCCAUGUUACGAGGAUCUGAGUUGGGUAGUAUUUUAACCUCCAAUGUGGUAGAAAUUAACAAGAACAACAUUAACGGAAUCAGAAUUGUUGUGGAAAAAGUGAAGAAUGAUUUUAAACGAAGCAAGAAAGGAAGAGUCAUCGAAAUUGAGGCAACUAACUCCAGGAGAUGUCCUGUCGUCUGGCUUAGGUUAUGGAAAGUGUGUAACCCUCAAAAGUAUUUGUUUGGUGACGACCUUCCCUUAUCCACGGCUAAAAUUUCGGACAUUCUUAGAUUUGUAGCAACCAGCCUUAAGAUUUCGGGUUCUUUUUCUAGUCAUUCCUUAAGAAUUGGAGGAGCGUCAGAGGCAGCAUUUGCUGGUUUCUCACACACAGCAAUCCAAGCUCUAGGUGAUUGGUCCUCCAAUGCGAUAGAUGCGUAUUUCAGAGCUGGAUUCGCAUCUGACAAGAAUGUAUCUCGCCAGAUGGGUUUUUAG